UGAUAAAUUGAUAAUAAACUGGAAUGAUAAAAAAAAUCAAUAAAUGAUGAAACUGCUAAGAAAAUUACCAAAAUAAAAAAGUGAAACGUCAUUUAAUUUUAUGCUUUGCAAAAAAUCUGCAUAAAUUUAAAUUCCUCUACUUCCAUUAUUCAAUUAUAGCUUUUCCGAACGUUCCAUCUCGUAGCUGGAGGAGUGGCGAAGAGGAGAUUUUCUCUCUCUAUUCUAAACACACAUAGUAGUAAGAGAUAUAGUACCGCUGCCAGGUGGCUCAUUAAAGGUCAAGGAUUUUCAGGUAUGGAAUACUGAAACGAUGAUUUUUACCUGAGAUGGAAUUUAGCGAAGACAACUAUAAAAUUGUGAAGAGUACAAUUUACGCGGGUACGAAAGCUGUGGAAUAUCAACCAGAAACCAAGGUAACAUUUCAUUUCCAAACCAGACUAACAGAUACUGAAAAUACACUCAUUGAUGAUAGUCGUAAGCAUGGCAAACCUAUGCAAUUAAUUUUGGGCAGAAAAUUCAAGUUACCAGUAUGGGAAGUGUUAGUGCAAAAAAUGUCAUUGAAUGAAGUAGCGAAAUUUGUCGUGGAUAAAUUAUUGGUUCAAGAGUAUGCUAUGGUUUCAAAAGUAUUCAGAGAUGAUGUUCUGAAGAAACCUGCUCGAAGACAUCACUGUCAGGCGUCUUUAAUUUCAGAAGGUUUGGGUUAUGAGGAUUUGAAUAAAUUAUUCCAUAACCCCCAAGAUUUGGAAUUUAUCUUUGAAAUACUCAAUGUCGAACAACCCGGUGAAUAUGAAAAAGAAAACUGGCAAAUUACAGAUGAUAAUAAAUUAGAAUUGAUACCAAAGCUGAAAAUUGAUGGCAAUACAUUUUACGAAAGUUCUGAAUAUGAAAAAGCUCUGGAAAAAUACCAAUUAGGCCUAACAUACAUCGAUCAACUGCAAUUAAGGGAAAAACCUCGUGAUGUAGAAUGGAAUGACUUGAAUCAAAAGAAAAUUCCUUUUUUACUAAACGCAGCUCAGUGCAAAUUAUGUUUGAAUGAUUAUUACGCAGCUAUCGAACAUUGCAAUUCCGUAUUGGAAAUUGAUCCAGAUAAUGUAAAAGCUCUGUUUAGAAGAGGUAAAGCUUACAUUAAAACGUGGAAUCUGGACGAGGCAAAAAGUGACUUGAAAAGGGUACUUGAACUCGAUCCAAAGCAGAAAUCAGCUGUGUCAGCACUGAUGACAGAAUUAAGACAGGCUGAAACUGACAGCAAAGAAAUAGAAAAAGCUAUGUUGAAAAAGACGAUUUUUUAAACGUUUACUAUCCAUAUCCUGAUUGAUUGAUUGUGAUAAAUCUAAUCUAUAAUCAAAUCGAAAUUGCAUUUAUUUUCUUAAGCUAUUAAAAAUGAGUUUUACUUUAUAUCAUACUUACCCAAAGGGUCCAGUUAGCUAUAAGUUUAUGUGUUUGGAAAGUAGGUAUUACGAAUAAUUAUGUGAUCAAUGAUCACUUGUCAGAGUUUAUUUUAUUAACGUACCUAAUUCGGCGUCAACAAACAUGUGUUGCACUCUGGCGGUGAAAUGCAUGAAAUACGUGUUAUCAUGCUGAAAGGGGGAUAUUUCCAUACUUACGCACGCUUACACACGCGCACACUCGACUUGUCGAGAUGCGAAUGAAUGCGAUUCUCUACAAAAAGUCCCCCUUUCAGCAAGGCGAUGGUGGCGCGGCCACGAGAUGUUAACGCCGAAUUAGCUUUUCGAGCCUAUAAUACAUGCAUCAACUCGUUCGUGUGUGUGGGUGUGUAUGAGCAUGAGCCCAAUAAUUAAUUUGGUACUGAAAUCAUGAAAUGAUGUACAUUAUUUAAUACAAAAUCAGAAAAUCUAUUAAACUUCCUGUGUUUACA